AUGGCUGAUAUUGAGGCACCUCAAGUUAAUCCCAAUGAGGAGGGCGGUGAUGUUUCCAAGGGUCCGUCCAAGAGUGAGUUGAAGAAACGCGCCAAGGAGGCGGAAAAGGCGAAGAAGGCUGCUGAGAAAGCCGCUAAACAAGCAGAACUUGAGGCGCAGAAAGCUGCUGCAGAAGUUGACUUUUCGACCGAGUACUACGGAAAACUCCCCCUCAAUCAAUCACAGUCUCGUCCGCGACGCUCCCGUAUUGACAUCACUACUCUCACACCUGACAUGGAUGGUACGCAGGUCCUACUGCGAGCCCGCGUGCAGACAUCGCGUAUGCAGGGGAGUAAGAUGGUCUUCUUCAAUUUGCGCCAACGCACCGAUUCUGUGCAAGCGCUGCUCACGGUUGCGCCGGGCAAGGUCAGCAAGCAGAUGGCGAAGUGGGCCGGUAGUCUGCAGAUGGAAAGUAUCGUGCUCGUUGAGGGUAUCGCGAAGAAGACGCCAGAACCUAUCAAAAGUGCCACCGUAAGCGAUGUGGAGAUUCAUAUUACGCAAAUUCACUUAGUAUCGGGCAUUGAAAGUGUCUUACCUUUCAGUGUAGAAGAUGCUGCCCGCCCAGAAACGGAAAUAGAGACCGGCGAGGACGUACAGUACAAGAGGGUGCUUCUCGAUACCCGUCUAAACAAUCGCGUCGUUGACUUGCGGACACAAACCAACCAAGCCGUAUUUAAACUGCAACACGCUAUAAGCCAUCUAUUUCGCGAGCAUCUUGAUGCACAGGGUUUCACAGAGAUUCAUAGUCCAAAACUGCAAGGUGCCGCUACUGAAUCGGGCGCGUCUGUCUUCAAAGUCAGCUACUUCAAAGGAAAUGCAUUCUUGGCGCAAUCGCCCCAGCUUGCGAAACAAAUGGCCAUAGCGGCGGACUUUGAGCGUGUCUACGAGAUUGGGCCGGUUUUCCGUGCGGAAGACUCAAACACUCACCGCCACAUGACGGAGUUCAUCGGCCUUGAUCUUGAAAUGUCUAUCGAGGAACAUUACCAUGAGGUAAUGGAGCUACUCGACGCGCUCUUCUUGCACAUGUUCCGCAGUCUGAAGCAGAAGUAUGCAAAAGAGAUCGAAACAGUGCGGAAACAGUUCCCUGCGGACGAGUUCAAGUGGAGAGAAGGUCCUGAGGGAACCCUCAAGAUGAGCUUCAAAGAGGCGGUAGACUUGCUCGUGGAGGAUGGUGUUUCGAGGGAGUCUCUCGAUGACAUCAACACGGAGAAUGAGAAGCGACUGGGACGUAUCGUCCGGGAAAAAUACGACACUGACUACUUCAUUAUCGACAAGUUUCCCAUGGAACUUCGUCCAUUCUAUACCAUGCCCGACCCCGACGACCCGACGCUCUCCAACUCAUAUGACUUCUUCAUGCGCGGAGAGGAAAUUCUUUCUGGGGCGCAACGUAUACAUGACCCUACGCUACUUGCCGAGAAGAUGCGUGCAAAGGGAGUAGACCCCGCUUCGAUGGCCCCCUACUUGGACGCGUUCAAGAUGGGAUGUCCGCCCCACGGUGGAGGAGGAAUCGGACUUGAGCGAGUGCUCAUGUUGUUCUUGAAGCUGAAUAACAUCCGCCGUGCGUCGCUCUUCCCGAGGGACCCCAAGCGGCUCGAGCCGUAA